AUGGAUGGGUUUCCGUUCCCCCCUUCACCGUCUCCAGCUCUGUGGGAUGCGGCCAGCGAUGAUCCUUCUUCUCCUGGCUUUGCAUCAUGGGAUAAAGACCCACGUCCUCCUGGUGGUUUCAUGAACUACUUCAAUAAUCAGCCACACAACUUUCAUUUGGUUGGUGCACCUAUCCACAACAAACCAGUGUCCGCCAACACCGAAGCAAGUUCACCACCUGAAGUGGAGAUCAUGCUUCCACAGCCUUACAAUGAUGAAGAAAAUAUUAGGAUUGAGAGACGUAUCCUAUGGACAGAGGACGAGGAUGUUAGAUUGAUGAGCGCUUGGAUAGAACAUUCCACAGACUCUACUUGUGGAGCUGAUAAGGGUGGUAACCAAUAUUGGGGUGAAGUUGUUGAAUCUUACAACAAGACUACACCGCCACUUCGAAAAAGAAAUCUGAAGCAAUGCAAGGAUAGAUGGCACAAGAUUAAUAGGUGGACAGAUCUCUUUGAAUGUGCUUAUGUAAAGGCUCGCAGAUUAUUUACAAGUGGAUAUUCUGAUCAAAUGUGGAUUGAUGCAGCCCACAAGUUCUAUGUGGCAGACAAUAAAGAUGCAAAGUUAGGACCCUUUGCUGGGAUUGAGGUUUGGAAAAUUUGUAGGAAAGUGACAAAGUGGAAAACAUACAAUGAAGAGUUGAAGAAUGCACGUAAAAGGAAAUCAUUUCACCUUGAAGGAGAUAAGGAGGAAAAUGAUGAAAUUUUGGAAGAGAUGCCAAAGCGACCAAUGGGUCAGAAGGCAGCAAAAAAGGCAGCUCUUGUUGCAAAAAAGCAGUCAAAACAACCCAGCUCAGAUGAAGAUGGCAACUCAAAGGAAUCUGCUAUUGAUAUAGACAAAUUUGAUAGAUUUAGCAAAUUCCAAGAGGAAACAAAUGCAAAGCGCUUGAAGAUAUUGGAACUGCAAGAAAAGCUAUCAUCUGAGAAGCUUGAGACCACAAAAAUUGUCCACCUUACAGCACAAGAGAACAAAGAAGGAAAGAAGCUUGAGAAAGAAUCAAAGAUGAUGGAGGCUUAUAACAAUCUUAUCUCACAAGAUACAAGUUUAAUGUGUGAUGCGGAAAAAACAGAACGAGUUGCUGCCAUGAAGUGUCUUAGGAAGGCCCUUUUUCCUGAAUCUAUCUGA